CGGUUCUGAGUCAAAAUUACCGAAUUGGUCGCUUGUACGACCAAAUGAUUGUCUGCUAUGCUAUAAUUCCGAGCGGAAUUAUACACUAGGAACCGAAUACAAACGUACCCAGCGGGACCUACAAAGAUGCACCAAUCAGAAUAGAUAA